UACAGUGUGGCUCUACCAUCAGAUAUUAAUGCUAGUGACUUCAAUGGAACAGCUGUGUGCUAUGAAAUUACUCUAGAGACAGAUAAUAUUUUAGAGGGAAAUGAGACCAUUCGACUGGGACUGUCAACAACUGAAUCAACUGAAUCGUUUGUUGCUAUCACUCAACCCACAGCAACGUUCACUAUCUUAGACUCGACUCAACCAAAACCCGGAGUCAUAGUCAACACCGUAGAG